ACAUGAACAUCGGGCAGGCUCCGCAGCCUCUCCGGCCCUGUGCCGUGCUCCCCGGCCACCGGCGGCUGCACGUCUCGCGAGGUGGGGCGGCUCCCACCACCGACGGCGACGGCUGCUGGAACGCCGUUCGGUCGCACUUCUCCGCCUCCGAGCUGGGUGUCGUGGUGACGUGGUCGCUCGGCUCUCGAGAGGCGCGCGACUCGCGAGGCGCGCGCUUCUCUUCGAUGGAUGAGAUGCGGCAGCUCUACGGCGAUCGCCACGACGUCGCGCUGCUGGUGGUGGCGCGUGGCGCCUCGUGCUCUCAGCUGACGCUGUCGCUGCUGCGCUGGCUGUCCGCCGGCCGCGGGGGCUGCAUCGACGGACCCAACCUGGGAGCGCGUGAGGCGGCGACGGUCCUGCGCUUCGCGGUCGAGUUUUACAACCACCUUCCCGCGGCGGUCGUCUUCACGCAGGACGAUCCCGAGGUCAAGCUGAUGCAGCGGCCGGGCAACCAGCGCCACCCGUCCGAUGCGCCCGUCGGCUCCCGCGGCUGGCUCCGCCUGCUCGAGACGACCUUUGACAAGCGGCGCGAGGCCGCGGCGGCCGGCGCCGUCGACGUUGCAAACGAGAGCUCGCCGUGGGAGCUCGGCCCGUGUCCGUGCACCGUCGACGUCGAGCGCGGCUUUGCGAUGCGGUCGUACGGAGAGUACCGGCCCAUGCACUGGUGGCUGCGCACCUUCCUCGCGCCGCCGUUUGGCGGCCCGGCCGCGGGCGGGCCGCCCAGGCCCUUCCCGCGCCGCAUCGCGUGGCCGCGCCACGCCCAGUUCGCCGUGCCGCGCGCCGCCGUCCGGCUGCGCUCGCGCCGCUGGUGGCGCCUCAACGCCGAGCUCGCCUCGCUCCCCUCCCCCCUCAAGCACAUGCUGCGGCGAGACGGCCCGGAGGACCGCUCCGAAAACGGGCACGCGCGGCGAGCAAAGUGGGCCAACUUUGGGCCAUACGCCGUCGACCUCGGCCCGCGGCCGCCGCCGCAGCUGCGCGCGCCCGACAACCGAGUCGGCGCCACCGGCAUGCUCCUCGCGGUGGCGUGCAUGUUCCUCGCAAUGGCGUACGAGCGGCUGUGGUUUCGCGCGUUUGACCCGGCCCUGCGCGAGGCGGAGCCGCCCCACCCGCAGUGUUUCGCGGCGGCCGCGCUCGCCCGCUCGCCGGUCCGCUGCUCGGGCUAUGCGUGCCCCGCCACCUCCCGCCGGGCGGGGCGGCUGCCGGAGCUGCUGGCGGAACGCGGCGGCUGUGCCGCCACCGACGCCGCGCGCCUCACCGCUGCGCCGGCCAACUGGAUCUUUACUGACGCCGGCGUCGGCCGCUGCCUCGCUCGCGGCUGCAAUGUGUCGACCUUUGACGUGGCGGCGAUGGGAACAAGGCUCUACCACGAGUGGCGGCUGGCGGAGGCGGAGGCUGUGGAGGGCGAGGGGCCGCCGUCGCUGGGUAGGGUCGCGAGCGAGGAGGAGGACGCUGAGACGCUCGAGGCACGAGGGACGCAGCCGGCCGAGGUCGGGCGGAGUACGUCGGAAGUGUGUAGCGGGCAAAAACGUCUGUGUGAGUAUAUCCUUUGAAUCGGUCCCGCACCGGGAUGUGUGGCGCCUACACGUGUAGUAGGUAUUAAUAGCUUGUAGGGGAGGCCGGAGCGGGC